UUUUGAAGGUGAGAAAGCAGAUCCGCUGGCUCAGAUAAGAUCUUCACAGCCCAUGAUUGGUCCGCAAUCCAACUGCAGUAUCUCGUAUACAUCGGCGAAAGAGCCCUUGCGGGUGCCUAUAAUUAUGUUAGCUGGAGAAGGCACACACGAACAUUUUUAUUCUACGACUCACGGGGCCUACGACACUGGAGUGAAACAAGCCAACGUGUUUUUACGUUAUCAUGUUGAAAAGGAAAGUAAUUGAGAAUCUUUCCAUUAUAGUCCGGGAGCCAGCGGCAGUUUUUUGCGACCAAUUACCUUCCGCCUAAUACUUUGGAGAAUG